AUGACUUCCCCAACAAUCAUCUUUUCCCAUGGAGCCUGGAUCAGCCCCCAGUUCUUCGAGGCCAUUCGAUCCCGACUGGAGAAUCUUGGAUUCCCCACCGAAUGUCCCGCACAUCCAUCCAUCGGAGCCGAACCCCCCUCCAAAAUCCUAGCCGAUGAUGUCGCCUCAUUCCGCCAAGCUCUCACAACCCUCGCCGACAAAGGCAAAGACCUCGUCGUUGUAGCCCAUUCCUACGGAGGAGUAGUCGUUUCCAACGCAGUCAACGGUCUGGACAAAGCCUCACGCACAAGAGACAGCAAGCCAGGCGGUAUUAUCCAGAUAGUCUACAUGGGGUCCUUUGCCUUGGACCAGGGACAGAGUCUCCUUGGGGCGUUGGGAGGAUCGUACCCGCCCUGGUGGCGAAUCGAGAGCGACUAUCUCUAUCCCGAUAACGCUGGCAAUAUCGGCUUCCAGGAUCUCCCCGUGGAAGAGCAAAACCAGUGGCGUGCUUUAGAACGACAUAUUUGCCGGGCUGUUUUCGAAGGCGAGGUAACUAAUGAGCCUUGGACGGAGGGGAUUCCGUGUGCGUAUAUCGUUUGCGAGCAGGAUCUGGCUAUACCACCUUCAUUGCAGGAGGUUUUUGCAGCGAAGAUUGCUGGUCCGGAGAAUACGUAUCGGCUGCCGACUUCACAUUCUCCGUUUUUGAGCGCUCCGGAUAGGGUGCGGGAUGUUUUGGUAAAGAUUAUCAAGGGGACAUUGGCGAGUGUUUAAUAUGGGGCGGGAGAGUUCUGAUUAUAUGUCAGAAGAUGUAUAUUAAGUGAGGGAGGAGGCGUGUUGAACUAUUACUCUUAUUCUUCGGGUUGCAUCUUGAGAGCUUGAUUCAUGGGGAAAUGUUAAGAUAAGGG